AUGUUUGCUAAACUGACCACAACUGAGCUCACCUCAAGCCUCGCCGCUUUCAUCGCACACGCCCUCGGCCUCACUUCCCGUCUCAGUGCCGUUGAGCUCGUCAUCAGAUGCAUGUUCUUCGGCCUCAACUUGGCCUUCAACGGCGUCAUGUGGUCCCUGUACACCUCGGCCCUAGCCAAGGGUAACUCCAGCACCCAGGUAUCCAUCAUGAACACCUCCACCAAUUUCAUGAUUACCGCUUUUCUCGGCUUCGCCAUCUUUUCCGAGUCGCUCCCACCAAUGUGGUGGGCGGGCGCGGGUCUCCUCGUCGCGGGCAACGUCAUCUUGGGCCGCGCGGAGAAGGCUUCGGCAGACAAGGAGAGAGCAACUGCCAAUUGA